GCACCGCAUGGGGUCUGUAUGAUUAACUUCUUCUUCCUUUCAAAGUCCUCUUGAUGUUCCUUUUGCGAGGCAGUGGGCCAAUCAGUGUUCAGCUCUUCAACGUCAUGAUGUCACUCCGUGCAGCUGAUUGGAGGGUUUGGUGGAGUAAAACAGCCCCUGCCCUUUUAUAGACGACCCCCGUCCGGUCAGUACUAUUGACAAGACUGACAAGGUUGAACUCCGGAUUCAAACUAACUUCUCUGGACGGACCAGCACGUACGGGCGCUUCAACAUGAAUAACGGACAGAGUUCACCGUCACGCGACGGAAAAGAGGACAUAGACAACGAGGAACCCAAAGACAUGAGCGCGGAGAAAGGAUACAAGGCUCACCGGAGCAGCCUUCCGUUCAGCGUGGAGUCGCUCAUCGCUAAGAAGACCACCUGUAGAAGCUCGUACUCUUCCACAGACUUAGCGCUGUCCCUCAAUAAGACCGGGACACAACAGCCACAGAUCCCUCAAAGGACUUUUUACACGGAAAGGACUCCCGGAGACAGCGGGCACAGUUCAUCCUCACACUCCCCCAGCGAAGACAGCGCGCAACUGAGCGACAAAGACCAGAGCACUUGGUUCCAGACCGCUUCCUUCUCCUCUCCACCAAGGAGCUCCAGCCCAACGCAGUGCACUCUGCGCAAGCACAAAAACAACCGCAAACCUCGAACGCCCUUUACUACCUCGCAGCUCCUCGCGCUGGAGCGCAAGUUUCGCCAGAAGCAGUACCUUUCCAUUGCAGAGCGGGCCGAGUUUUCCAACUCUCUGAACCUGACCGAGACUCAAGUCAAGAUCUGGUUUCAGAACCGCAGGGCCAAGGCGAAGAGGCUGCAAGAGGCCGAGCUGGAGAAGUUCAAGCUGGCCUCCAAACCAGUGUUGCCUGCUUUUGCCUUGCCUUUUCCAAUUGGAGCGCACGUGGGCUCCCCGGCCUGGAGCCCUUCCAGCGGUUUCCCGCGGCCCAGCGUGCCUGUCCCAGGACUGUUCAGCGGGCCCGUGGCCUAUGGGAUGUACUACCUGUCUUAGUAUUCCCUCUGUAUGUGAGAAAGAAGAGACUAAGGACAAUACAUUUGUUACUGUUGUAAUUGUAACUUCAGAAUUUGAAGUCAUCUGUGACUCCUUUAUAAAUGAUGAUCCAUGUUUAAUCAGGUUAAAGCCACACGCCUUAAAGGUCUCACUGUGGACGUUUAAACUCUGCGCAAUAAUGGACAGGGAAGCUUUAAGCAACAAAGUACUUAAAGGUGGAGUGCCUUAAGACCAGUGUAUCACUUGAGCUCCUUUGCUGUGUCCCAGUCACUGUUCGGUGCCUGUUUAAAAUGGGGGAUUAUAUUCUUACACGUGUAUUAGACACUCUGUAUGGAGUGCCUUACUGUAUGCUGAAAAUGUACAUAGGCCACAUGUGGACUAUGGAUGAAGCCUGUG